AUGACCAUGUAUAUUGAAGCUUUAUGUAAUAAUUUGUGGUUAAAACAACUGCUUCCCAUGUUCAAGCACCACCUCAAUUAUGAUGAUGCUAGUUCUGUGAAAAGUGAGAGAAGGAAUCUUUUGGAUGUUGAUUAAGAUGAAGAGGAGGAGUUUUUUUGAAGGGAACAUUCUGUACCAGGACUUGAACCUAGAAAUGAUAAAAUUAAGCAUGUUAGCAAUCAGGUGGAUGGAGAUAUUGAGGUCAUGCAAGAAAAUAAUACAAAGGCAAUUGAAAGAGGGGAAAGACUUGAAAUACAGGACAAAUCAGAAAGAUUAUUUGAUAAUGCAACUGAUUUUAUCAAUAGAUCCAAACAGCUUUCAGGGCAAAUAUGGUGGCAUGGAUGCAAAAUAAAAGCUAUCAUGGGUUUGGUUGUUUUUAUCAUUUUGCUAGAAAUUUUCACUCUUAUAGUUGUGAAAUACAGAUAUCUUCAUUAA